AAUAAUCGCUAAAUAAAUCCGGGGUUUAAGCAAACUGCCUCCUCCAGGAGAGAUGGCAAAUGGAGGGAAGCAGGAGAGCAGAGCAGCCGCCAGGAAAGCAGGUGGCCGCUUCUCCAAGAACGAGCCCCAGAUUCAGUUCCAGGUAAAAUUGAGUUGAAGUUUGCACAAGAUAUAUUGCUAUGGAAAUCUCCAAGGAGGACAAAAAUGUUUACAGCAAGGAAAUAGCAACACUGUUAAUGGUUGAAGAAAAAGUUUCUGAGGAGUUAACUAGUGAAACUGAGAAUCCAUAUGCUGUUAGUGAUUUCUCAAAGCUGUCUCCAACUGCUAACCCAGCUUCACCUCCUGAAUGUGGCCGUUCUGAAUUUGAGCAUAACAUGACUUCGCUUCAUAACCAUGUAAUGGCGCACUUAUCAUUAUGUAGCUUGAACAUGAAGGAGGUCACUACUUCUACUGACAGGGAGGUUCCAUCAGCCAUUCUUAAUUGUCCUUUGAAGGGUGUUAACAAGGAUGCUAACACGGAGUUGGUAAUAGAAUGGAGGCUUGGAAUGGGCAAUUUCCCCUUGGUGCUAUCAGAGUGCGGUGAUUCUUCUUGUGAUAGUUCUGUCAGUGAACAGUCAUCUGUGACGAGCAGCCCAUGUACAUCAUUCACGGCUCAUUCAGAUACCCGGUCUGAGGAUCUUGAUGGAGUAGAUAUUUGGGUCUCAUCUUUAGACCUCGAUGAAGAAGAUUCAGACUUGCUUCAAGAGAAGGAACAAGAUCUGGGAUUUUUAAGUUGUGACUUCCCCAGCCCUUCUUUCAGUGCAGUGAGAAGAAGCCUCCAAUUUGGUCCUUCCAGUUCGAGUCCAGCGACGUCACAUGGGAAACAAGCCAAUGACUCUGAAGAGCCUAUAUUUUGGCCAUUUGAACACGCUUCAUAUUACAGUCCUGAAUUUGAUAAAUUUCUGCUUGUAUCGCCACGUAGAGUUACCAUGGAUGUUGGGUCUGCUGAAUUUCGCCGGUUAAAUCCAAUUGUGCAGAGGCUACAUAAGAACAAAUUAUCUUCAGCAAGGAAAAACGUCGGACCGCAUCAUGGAAGUGUCAGUUUGGGUGCAAAAGGAACCAAAACAUCCCAAGAUAAGGUUCAGAAUGCCGCUGCAGUUCCCUCCUGGUUGAGCAGAACAACAAAAACAUCAGCAAAAACAUCCUCUUCUAAGCACCAGCAACUGAGCAACAGUGAGAAAAGAAAGCCGUCUCACUUGAAAAUCUCUCCUCCAAGAAAGGAUAGGUUUCCACAGUUGCAGUCAGGCCACACCGUUCAAGAGCUUGAAGCAAGUGAUCACCGAAAGCUAGCUGUUGAGAAGAUUCUGAUCGAGCAGUUCAUCGGCUUAGAUGAGUUUGAUGGCCAUGAAGGUAUCAGUUCAGAUUCAUCUGACAACCAACUUAGCCUCUUCCUAUCUCCAAGAUAGCCGGUCAGCAUCUACAAUCAGCGCAUUAUACGCAUGCAAAACAUCUACAGUAAAUCAUGUGCAUAUCUUCAUGUACCAUUAUCAUUAGCAUCUACUUGUUGUACAUUAUACUGGUACCUUCAGAGUGACAUUGCUAGGAGGUUUUUUGGUGCAAAGGCUGAUUAAAUUUCAGUACCAAAACUUCACCACUGGUUGUGUCUGAUAAUUGGUUUCCACUUGAUCUUUGUCACUUCCCAACCAAAUCUCACUUUCGUUCUGUCUUCGCGAAUGCUGGAUGAACCUUGAACUCCUAGUGCUGCUAUCUCUGAUGCACGAGAAGCAGGAUAGUACAUGUAAACAAGUAAAAGCUUCAGUUUGGUAGCUUACCUGAGCUUUCAGUUCCAAGAAACUCCAAGAUGCUACUACAUCUACAUGGGAGAGGCUGUUAGACCAAGAACAGUACAAUUGGCACUUGUAUUCUUCAGUGUUUUUUUGUCGUCUGGUAUGUUAGCUUGCCUGGUUGAGAACUGCUCAGAGGCCAGUCUAAAUUUUCCAGGUGUACUUGAUUUUUAUAUGGCAAAAGAAACAAAAAAAAGUUAGAA